GCCAAGUUAACAGCACGUAUCAGGCGCUCGCAAUUCAAACCAUAAUUUCUUAAUCGCCAUUGUAAAAUAACAGAUUAAACGAUCAAACGUGGUUAAUCUUCGUACGAAGAUUGGAAAUGGAAAAGUGGAAACUUUUUUUCAACUGAAAAUCAAAAACCUGUAUUUAUAUUUGUUAUGAAUUUUCCGUUGAUCAAGUGGAUUCAAUGAACCUAGCUCUGAAAAAAAAACCUUUCUUUAAAGUUAUAGUGAACCGUAAAAUAGCAACAACAAAAAAUCCAUAGAAGCGCAAAUUAGUUGCGUAAAGAGUUCAAAUAUACAAAUAAAUUCGUCGUUCCUGACUAAUUGGAAUUUCAUUCUUUCAACACGAGAUUUGAGUCACUGCACGCCUGUUUUUUUCCCUCGAUUUAAACGAAAAACUGUGGAAAAUGUGAAAAAAAAGGAAUUGUUUACAUACAGAAAAUACAAAAAUCAAUUUGAUGCAUGCAUACGUAUGUUUGUGUAUGGUGAGUGAAAGAGCGAGUGAUGAAUGCGGCUUGUUGUAUUCUGCUCACGGCUGUUGUAAAAUUCAUCUGAAUCGACGUUAUUUUUGGAAUUACAUACUCAUUUCGUCAGUGUUUGAACGUGAUUGUGUGUCGAGAGAACAACUGCAUGUUGAACAGCAUAUUUAAGGCAACGGGAAAAAAUAAAAUAUUAAUAUCAAAAAUCACCGACAAACGCCGAAAAGCACACAAAGUUACGAGAGAGAGAGAGAAAAAAACAGUAAUCAUUAAAUUGUGAUUUUUUUUCUCCACUUCAGUGUGUAUCUGGCGAUUGAAUUGAUCUAUAUGUAGUUUGGGAACUGAAGUGGAAGCAGCAGCCGGUUUGUUUGAUGGGAGAAUGCUGUAUGCGUUCAAGAUUUGUGUGUUUAAUUGAGAUAAUCGCUUUGAAUACAGUGGAAUAUUGUAUUUAGUUUUGUUUCAAGUUUGAUGCGAUGAGUGAAAUGGACACGAUUAAUGCAUGAAAAAAAAUCUAUUUUUCCGCUACGUGGAUCGCGAACGGAUAAUGAAAUUGUAUCUUUAAAUUUAAUGUGGAAGAAAUACCCAAGAGAAAAAAAUUCAUCGAGUAAACAAAAAAUCUGUGGUUUUUCGUGAAUGUUUCGAGUUAGCAACGAUGGUGGUGGUGUUUAAGAUGUGUUCGAGCGCUUCGCUCGAUGUAUCAAACUUGUGCGAAAUUGAUGUGGUAAACAUCGCAGCGUCGACAGUGGCUUGUGUUUUACUGACAUUCGGCAUAGUUUAUGUUCUACUAUACCAUGAACAAAGGAUUUCUGUAUCUGUCGGUGCUGUGCCAAAUAUUUGUUUUCGUGACAAAAAUCUACAAAGUCAUUUUGCUCACGGAAACACUGGAUUUAAACGACUUACGACCCAUUCUGAUUCAAUGCACCGUCGCUUGUCUGAUGCUCUGCGUUCUACUGGAUUCAUACACCAUUUAUGUGGAGUCAAAUCUAACAAAUGCCGUAAAGUCGACGCUACUCCCCGAGGAGCACAUUGGAUACAAGUAUUCGCAGGCGACGUUUUUGUCAAAAAUUACAUUUUCCUGGUUGACUCCGCUGAUAUGGCAGGGAUAUCGUGAUCCACUUGAACUGGACGAUUUGGGUACGUUGCACGAGUCAGACACCUGUCGAACGCAGUACGAUCGCUUUCAUUUCAUCUAUAAAAGCUUUAAGUCGAAGACCCCAUCUCUCUGGCUUUGCUAUAUGAAAGCAUAUUGGAAAUUGUUCGUGUAUGGUGGACUAUUAAAAUUGUUGGCUGAUGUUGCUGGGCUCGUAGGCCCAGUUUCAAUAACACGAAUCGUUGAAUACAUUCAGCUAAAUUUGAGUGCAUCGUCAUUGUUGACGACCGCCGCUGCCACUGGUGUUGUUGCUGCUGCUGCUGCAACAUCAACCGCUCAAAAUGGAAAAUUAUCUAACGCAAUCAAUGGUACGGAUGCUACGGCACCAAUUACGCAUUCCGAUAUGACGAGUGUGGUGAACGAUGCGAUAAAAACCGGGUCAAAUAGUAAUUACUAUGUGCCAUUAUCAGCUGCACAAUAUCGAAUGUCAAGCGAACCGGGGCCGAUGAUGUCAGCGCUGUUGAUAAAUGAAAAUACGGAAAUUUACUAUCCAACUUGGCCGGAAUUUGUGGAAAAUGGCUGGAUAAUGGCUUUAUUGGUGUUGCUUGCCACAUUGGCACAGGGCAGUUUUUCACAAGCCUCUACACACAUUGUCAACAUGAUUGGAAUACGGCUACGCACUUCAUUGCAGUGCCUGGUCUAUCGCAAGACAUUGUUGAUUAGUUCGAGUUGCUUUACAUCGCCGAAUUCAUUUGAUGACAGCAGCGCACACUCAAAUGACAAUGAAAAUAGCAAUGGGUCCAUUUCAACAGAUGCACACGAAACAUACUAUGCGAACAAUGAAACGGACGACAACAAUGGUGCGACCAUUACUGAGCAAGGCAUAAAUACGACGACGAUGGCGUCAGCGACGAUUAUGGCGCAUUCAACGACGAUAACGGACGACAAAAUAAAGCCAGAUUUAAAUGAUACAGUCAACAAAUCGGCCCAGCAGCAGCAGCAGCAGCAGCAACAGCAGUUGCAUGACCAAACGGUCAUUGAUACGGGAACAAUAACCAACUUAAUGUCUGAAGACGCACUCAAUAUAAUGUUUUUAUUUUAUAUUGCCCACUAUGUGUGGGCGAUCCCUCUGAAGAUUGCUUUCUGUAUGUAUCUAUUGUAUCAGAUGCUUGGGAUCAGCGCCAUCAUCGGUUCAACUGUGUGCAUUGCGACGAUGAUUCCAUUACAGUUUUUCAUUGGCAAAAAGAUGUCGAACAAUGCAAAACUAACGGCGUCAAAUACUGAUGAACGUUUAAGGCGGAUUAGUGAGCUGUUGAUGGGCAUUAAAAUCAUUAAGUUGAAUGCAUGGGAAACGGUAUUCACGGAGAAAAUUUCGAAAAGUCGAGAAAAUGAAUUGAAAUGCUUGGACAAGGACUCAAUUUAUUGGACAUUAAUGACUUUUCUCACACAUCUGUCGUCCAUAAUCAUAACGUUUGUAACAUUUGCCGUUUUCUUAUCGAUGGAAAGUAACGAUGUAUUGGACAAAUUUACAACGGGCCGAGUAUUCGCUGCGCUCGCACUAUUCAAUCAACUGACUGUGCCGUUGUUCAUUUUUCCCAUAACAAUACCGAUGAUUAUAUCAGCAAUUGUUAGUACACGUCGAUUGGAAGGGUUUCUGCGUCAGCCCGAAGUACAAAAGGAGUUUGAAGGCAUUAGAAAUAUGGCGCAUGUGAUGAGUAGAAGCGAUGCUUCACUCGAUGUAUUCGAAAUUGACGAAAAUGAUGGGCAAACUAUUGAUGAUGGACAGCAGCAGCAGCAGCAACUGCACACGAAUGACGAUGAACAGAAUAAUGACAGUCAAGGCUCAACAACAAAUGAAGCGCUUUUGUUAUCAAAGAAACCUCUUUCGAAUAAAAGCAAUUUUAACACAAACAACACUACCUCCACCACCACAAACAAUGACUACCAAUUCAAUAAUGACUUCUAUUUACAAGAUAUUUAUGAAAAUCAAGGCGAGCAACAGGCAACGAUAAAAUCAAUGCAACGCAACUUCAAUGGGCGACGUUCAUUCAAUGCUAGUGUUAAACUGAAGAAAAACAAUAAAAUCAGUGAGAGCAUGCGAAUGGAUCGGAAUCGCCCACGUCAAAAGUCAUUGACAACAAUUGAAAUUCAAAUGGAAAUUCCCAAUGAAUUGGUUAUCAGUGUGCGUAAUGCAGUCUUUUCUUGGCGACGCCACAACACCACCGACCCCGAAUCACCAUUGCGAAUUGAUCGACUCGAUAUACCAAGAGGCAAACUGACGGUGAUUGUUGGAAAGAGUGGCAGUGGCAAAACAUCAUUGCUUGCAGCAAUUUUGAAGGAAAUGCGCCUGGUAUCCGGUGAGCUUAUUUGGAAUAAAUAUGCUACAAUUGCUUAUGUGCAACAGACACCGUGGCUUAUGAAGACAACGAUACGAGAGAACAUUCUGUUUGGUGAAGCGUAUCGACCGCGCCGCUACGAAAAAGUCCUUGUGUCAUGUGCUUUAAAGGAGGAUCUGCGUUGCUUGCCGGACGGAGAUUUGACCGAAAUAGGAACAAAUAGCAUCAAUUUAUCGGGUGGGCAAAAAUCGCGCAUUGCUAUCGCUCGUGCACUUUAUUCGUCGGCCAACGUUGUCAUCAUGGAUGAUCCGCUCUCAUCAUUGGAUAAUGAAGUAUCAAAAUGGAUAUUCGAUAACAGCAUAAAGAAUAUGCUUUUAAAGCAUCAACGCACCGUUAUCCUGGUUACACAAAAAACGAAUCUAGUUCACCAUAGUGAUUAUAUUAUUUCAAUGGAAAAUAACAGCAUCCGAGCGAAAGGAACUUAUCGAGUCAUUGAAAGUAAGGAUUACGAACUGAUUCAAGAGUGGAACUCGAUAAUAGCUAAGGAAAAUGCAAAAGAUGAAAACGUUUGUACGAGGACGGCACGUGAACGCUGGAAACUCUUCAAGAAUAUCUCGAAAAUAGGACUGCAACGGCAAACAACCAACGAAGAGAAUGAGAUCCAAACUACUCCGUUUAGUGGUUGCAAGCGUAAACCCAGUAUAUAUGGAUCGAGUGUAUAUGGACCAUUUCCAAUGGAUGAAUGUAACAUCGACGAGAUUGAAAUACAGCGUCGUCCCUCCAAACGGCACCCAAAUCAAUCACUUUUCGCUCGAAUGUCACUGAAAAAAUCACCACUACGAACCAAUUCGUUGAAUGUACGCGAACGUAAACCGGAUCGAAUGCCCGUAACUCGGAACAUUUCAUCACCUUCAACCAUGCAGCAUCCCAUCAGCGGCUGCAGCAGCAGCAACAACCAUCGACCAUCAACCAUUGAAACGAUGCGUAAUUUUGACUUUCGCCAGUUCCUAAGUCGAAUGUCAUUCAAACGGAUGAGUCGCAAGAAUUCACGUCUUGCGAAACCAUUAAGUGCAACGAAUUCCGUGCGGAACCCAACAUUGGAGAAUAGCAGACCUGUUAAACGGAUUAUGUCAACAAUAUCUAAGCACAGCGAAGAAGCGGAAGAUGAUGAAAUAUGUUCAGAUUACAAUGAGGAUCGGUUAAUAUACGAUGAAGAGCGGAAAUAUGGCAAAAUUCCAGCGAAAAUUUAUUUAUUGUAUUUAAAGUCUUGCGGUUUAUGGACGAUUGGCGUUUUUUGUUUAAGCGCACUGGCAUGGCAAGCAACGAAAAUUUAUCUGGAUGUUUGGCUAAGGGAUUGGACCGACAUUGAGCAGACAAAUCGCUUCACUGAUAUUUCAUACUAUUUCGGCAUUUACGGUCUGCUAUCGGUAAUAUGCGUAGGAUUUUCGAUGAUCUCAGUGCCAUUCGGACAAUAUGCUGGCAGCAAAGCGCGACGUUCACUUCACGAACAAUUAUUGCAGUCAAUUGUCCAAAAAUCAAUAUAUUUUUUCCAAACAACGCCAUUCGGCCGAAUGAUGAAUCGUUUCAGUUCAGACAUGGCUGUUAUUGAUAAAAAAAUCGCCGCAACAAGUCAACGACUUCUUCAAUUCGUACUGUUGUGUCUGUGCUCCAUUUUACUGAAUGCCGUCGUCACGCCAUGGUUUAUUGUGUUGACGUUACCCAUUGUUGGUGCCUAUUAUAUAGUGCAGAAAUUCUAUCGUUACUCAUCGAGAGAGCUACAGCGUCUAGAAAGUAUUACCAAUUCACCGAUUUUAACGCAUUUCGCUGAAACUAUCCAAGGUGUUGCAACAAUUAGAGCCUACAAUCAAGAGUCCAGAUUCAUGGAAAUUCUUUUGAAACGAAUGGAAGCGAACAACAUCGCUGUUAUUAUGCAGAACACAAGCAACCGUUGGCUCGGUAUCGCACUGGAUUACUUGGGCGGUGUUAUUGUAUUCGUGUCAAUAGUGACGGCAUUGUUAACAUCUCAAAUGUACCCAGAGGCAGCAUCGCCAUCGUUGGUGGCAUUGGCUAUAAACUACACACUUCUCGUGCCCAUCUAUCUGAACUGGGUGGUUAAAUUACUGGCAGACUUGGAAAUGUAUAUUGGCGCAGUGGAGCGUAUUUCCCUCUAUAUCAAUCCAAAUGACAAGGGCACUAGUGACAAUGACACUGACGAAAGCCCUUGCGAACUGAUGGCCAUUAAGCCAAAGGAAAAAUAUAAAGCAGUUCCGAUCAGUUGGCCACAUCGUGGUGACAUCACAUUUGAAAAUGUGUCGUUACGCUAUGAAAAUCAGCCCGAAAACAUUGUCACAAAUUUGAAUUUGGUUAUACCGGCUGGACAGCGGUUGGGCAUUUGCGGACGAAGCGGAAGUGGUAAAUCAACGCUUGCAAUGGCAUUGUUUCGUGUCGUUGACAUCGUUUCGGGGCGCAUUUUUAUCGAUAAUGUCAAUAUUGCAACAAUUCACACGGACGAGAUUCGAACGCGAUUAUCAAUAAUACCGCAGGAUGUGAUGCUAUUUAAUGGUAGCAUCCGUGAAAAUCUCGAUCCAAGUAAUCACUAUACCGAUUUAGAUUUAUGGAACAGUUUGGAAAUGGCACAGCUCAAACAGGCCAUUAUUUCAAUGCCGGCCGGUCUCGAUACAACCAUUGUGGAUAAUGGCAGCAAUGUAUUUAGUGGCGGCGAAAAACAAUUAUUCUGUUUGGCACGAGCGGUGCUGAGGGGCUCGGUUUGUUUAGUAUUAGACGAAGCGACGAGCUCAUUGGAUGCCACCACCGAAUCAGCACUGUUGGAUGCGGCGAACAAAGCAUUUCACGGUCGCACCAUUAUCACAAUUGCGCACCGAUUAACGACCCUCUUGAACUACGAUCGCAUUAUUGUCAUGGAAAAUGGAAAGAUUGUUGAGGAAGGAACACCCGAUCAACUGCGACACAAAGUUGGCGGUAAAUUCUCAUCGAUGCUAUACUCAUCCGUUCAAAGCUACGAUUCCUACUACAUACCUGAUGAAAAGCUUUAAAGAUAUAUAAUCAUUCGUUCGAAUGUUGCCCAACAGUAUUUAGAGCAUCAAACAUUGUUUUCCCCCUUUUAAUUCUUCGGUGUCGUAAAACGCUUCUUUUUAUAAAUAGGUUUUAUUUGUAUACCAAAGUAUUAAAUAUGUGUCAUAUUCUGUUUGCCAUUGUCAAUCGUUAUUUAAAAGUUUAUUUAACAAUUUUCUUUCUCUCUCUCUCUCUCUCUCUCUCGCUCAUUUACUAAACCAACUCUUCACAGACAAUUUUGCUAUGUCUACGUGUAAUAAUUGUAUGUUAACAUUAAGUAAAAUGUAAACAAAACUA